CAUCCUUUGGUCUCAUGUAUAUUGACGUUGUUGGUAUUGUUCUCGAGAUUUGAAGCAGCAGUCAACUAGAACACAAAGCAGCACGUACAGCGUCACGUUUGGAGCAAAACUAACUGUAUCUAGGCUUGACGAGAGUUGAUCCAUGUCUACAGAGACUGUAGGGUCUUACUAACAAAAGGUACAUGACAUGCUUACUAGUAACCUCUCUUUCUAUUUACCUCUCAUAUGACACUCUCUUUAAAGGCCAGAACCUUCACAUAACAUGUGAUCAUAAAAAUACAACAAAGCUGGCUGCACUCCUCAAAGAUGACAAGCUCCUUGUCAAAUGCAACGAACCAUACAAACGCCUCUCAACAAGAAUGAGAUGCAAAUAUGAUAAAAAGAAUGAACGAACAACCAUAGUACUUGGCAAUGUGCAACUCAACGACACAGGUAUAUACAGCUGUCAGACAGAAGAUAAAAUUUCUGGUGGCAAGCAAUUCACAGUGCUAGACAAGAAUGAGUUGCCUUCUACUAAGAACAUGGCUACUUCGACACCCACGAUAUCCACUACUGCAUCUCAAGCUGGCAAUUCUACUGUUGGUGGCACAGUUUCCUCAGUUCAAAAUUUAUCAAAUCUACUAGCCACUUCAUCAGUAACACAACCCACAACUAGAGAUAAACCAUCUGUGUCUACAAAAGUAGAUGAACCAGACAACAAUAAAGCCAUUACCAUUGCCAUUGUCAUUGGCACAUUCGUCAUCAUUUCUAUCAUUUGGGCUUGUGCGACAAGAAGAUGUGCAUGGGCAUGGGCAUGUGUGAAAAGAAACUGUGGAAACAAACUAACCAUCAAUACUCAGUACACUUUUAAUGCCACAAACUGUGAAAACGUUACACAAGGACAAGAGAACACGCAAGUUAUUCAUCAAGACGUGAGGCAUACAGACCCAAGGCAACAAGAAUGCAGUGAAGUUUAGAAUAAGGAAACUGUGUAGACAUGAGGUUAGGUACUGGCAAGCAAAGAAAGACAAAGACUUUAUUUCAAGAUGUUAUUAAUAUUAAAACUUUUUAUAACAAAGUUUUCUGUCUGUUUAAUCAACUAAACAGAUGUGUAGAUAUCUAAGUUAUUUGAUUCUUGUUUUGUGGA